UACGCAGGUCCGAUCCCAGCAGAGCGRGUGGGUGAGCUGGUCAUGGGGGGAGGUCGCAGCGAGGCCUCACCUCUCAGUGGGACGGGAGAGAGGCGGAGCUUCACCACUACCCAGAACUCCCAGCGGCCCAAUGCCUGCUGCUUUUGCUGGUGCUGCUGUUGCAGCUGUUCAUGAGGUGAGUCUGGAUGCCCGGGUUCGAGAAGUGAUUAAUAAAAAGAUGCGGGAUCCGACACCACACAUGUUUGAAGAUGCCCAGUUACAGAUCUACACACUGAUGCACAGAGACUCCUACCCACGGUUCAUCUCCUCCAACGUCUACAAGUCUCUCAUCAAUGGUGGCUCCCGAACCUCCUCAGAAUCCUAGUCCCUCACCUCCUCCGCAUCUAAAACUCUACAGAAAUGGUCACAUGUUCCCAGUGGCUCCUUCUUUCCCCUUCAUUUUCAACAUACUGCCAGGGUUAUAUUUUAUUAACUUUUUUUUUCUCAAACCAGCAGUUUGCCUUUAUACCUUUUUUUGUUCUUUUUUAUUCGUUCUUUAACGUACUGUUUCCAAACAUUUUUUAGUCUUCGGGAAAGUAAAAAGGCUAAAAUUCUUGAAGGGAUGCAUAUUGCCUGCUGCCAUUCCUGCCAGAGUUUCAAACUAAAAACAAUAUUAAACACAGUCUCAUGCAACACUGCAAGAUGUCACACUCAGAACGCACGUUAUAAGUAUCUUAGCUGCUGCCAUGAGAAAGUUUAGCUCAACGUGUAAAACUAACUGAGUUAGAGACAAUAAUGUUUCUACAAGCACUUAGCUGUGGUGGCCRUCUUAAAUAGAGUUAACGCCAUAAAUCAAUCAGCUCCAGAUGAACGUCCAGAAUUCUUUUCCUGAAAGUUUCAGGAAUGAUUAUUUUCUGAAGGUUUCCUUGAAAUCCAUCCAGUGGUUCAUGAGAUAUUUUGCUAAAAGUCAGAUUACUUUAUCAUCUUUGGCGGCAGGCAGUAACCAUUAGUUAAAAGUUAGAAAUAAAAUAAAAACUGUUGAUCAUGUUUUAUGGCUGUAAAUAUUUUAAAUCAAACAUUUUGUUUUAGUUAAAUCAGAGAUUUGUCACCUAUUUGUUUACAGGUCAGCACAUUUUAGUUUUUGUAACUUAUUAAUGAAUGAUUGUUUUGUUUUGUUUUUUCAGGGCUCCAAAAUGUAGUCAUUUACAGGUGAUGCUGUAUAUUCGUUCAGUCGAGUCCUGUUUUUGUCUUUUUUUUUUCUGUUUUUGUUUCUCACAGCAACAGUUCCUUCACUAAGAGCAAGGAAUCAUGGGAUAUUUAUGUAUUUAUGCUCUGCUGUCUGGAAGCAAAUCAUUAUCAGUCAGCUUUGAAUUUUAACAAAACAUAAAUAAAACAAAUCAAAAUUU